AGAUUGCCGCAUCGCGGGGCAGAAGGUCAGGUGGGUUGUCGGGUGAAUUUCCACAGCGAAUAAAUGCCAGUGUGAGCGUGGAUUGGGUCUGUGACGGUUCUUGGAGCCUGAGCGGCUGAAGCUCUCCUCAUGUCCGGGUCACGGUGCGCGCGGCUGGGCGGGCCGCUGGUCCGCCAGCUGCUGGACUCCGUGGACAGCGUGCUGUUCGACUGCGACGGCGUGAUCUGGCGGGGGGACCAGGCCAUCCCCGGGGCCGCCCGGGUCAUCAGCCUGCUCAAGCAGCGCGGCAAGAAGGUCUUCUUCGUCACCAACAACAGCACCAAGACCCGGAAGAUGUACGCCGACAAGCUGUCCUCUCUGGGCUUUGACGCCGCGGAGGACGAGGUGUUCGGAACCGCGUUCUGCUGCGCCGCGUACCUGCGGUCGGAGUGCGGGCUGCGGGGCAAGGUCUACCUGGUGGGGAGCGACGCCAUGCGGCAGGAGCUGGAGGCCGUGGGCAUCCAGGCGGUCGGCGUGGGGCCGGACCCGGUGUCCGGGAAGCAGCUGGACUGGGCCAGCGUGCCUCUGGACCCGGAGGUCCAGGCGGUGGUGGUCGGGUUCGACGAACACUUCAGCUACAUGAAGCUGAACCGAGCCAUGCAGUACCUGACCCAGAAGGACUGCCUGUUUGUCGGAACCAACAGGGACACCAGGCUGCCUCUGGAGGGGGGCAAGGCGGUUCCAGGUACGGGCUGCCUGCUGCAGGCCGUAGAAACGGCCGCCCAGCGCCAGGCCCAGACGGUGGGCAAACCCAGCCGCUUCAUGUUUGAGUGCGUGGCGCGGCGGUUCGACCUGCGGCCGGAGCGCUGCCUGAUGGUCGGCGACCGGCUGGACACCGACAUCCUGCUGGGCUCCGCCUGCGGCCUGAAGACGCUGCUGACCCUGACCGGGGUCAGCACCGCUGCCGAGGCCGCCGCCCACCGCGACAGCGGCGACAAUGAGCGCCGCGCCAUGGUGCCCGACUAUUAUGUGGAGAGCAUCGCCGACCUGCUGCCGGCGCUGCAGGGAGAAGACGACCCGUCGCUUUGAAGGGAAUAUUUUAUCACUUGGCUUAAAGCUGCAGAUGAAACGUUUAUAAAAAUGUAUAUUUAUUGAAAUGAUUCUAUGGUGAGACAGAUAAUCUGUGA